AAACAACAAAAAAGAGACUUGGUCUUUAAAAAAGACAAAAACUUACACCUUCCCGCAUGAGGCGUAAGGUAGGAAACUGGCGCUCUGCGGGGUGGGGGAGGAGGAGUUUUCCCUGCUGCGGUGGCGCUGCACGUCCUGGAGGGCAGACCUGAUCCAGGACAUGUUACUGACCUCUCCCUGGACUUCCUAACAGCUAGUCUAACAGAGACAGGGAGCUACCAUAUUAUUGAACCUAUAAAAACAACAAAAAUACUGGAUAAGACCAUCAGUUUAGAACAGUUUUAAGUGUUUGAUGAUGCUUCCAGCCAGAUGCAAAUUUUGCACCUAAAUGUCAGAGUUAGUGUGUAUCUGUUCAAUGACUGUCAGAAUCUUAAUUCGCAAUGAUCAGUCAUACAAUGAAGACUAGUUCUCGAAAAUAAACAUUUCAAAUUUAGAUGAAUAAUCAGCGGUUGGAAUUAAACUUUAACAUUUCUAGUUCUUUUCAGCAGGGGGCGAUAAUGAGUAAAUGCGCUUCUUCCUAAUAUCCAGCACACAACAAAGAAGAAUUUUCGACCCCCUUAGCAGAGUUAGCUUUGCAAUAUGUCUACUGAUGUCUCUCCAGCAACAAUGUCUUUAUCCCAGUCUCUGAGAGACUUCAUCAAGGAGCGACUGACCGCUGCUGCUGAAGAAAUAUUCACGGAGUUUGAUAAAACCAUCGUCCAGUACGAGGAAGAGCUGGAUCGCCAACGUAAACUGCUUGAUGUCAGCUGGAAUCCCCAAGUAACCCUGCAGAGAAUAAGAGAUGUUGAACAGCAGGUAGUACGGGAGGAGAAGGGAGUUCAUCUUAACCAGAGUUUCUGCAACAAGGGGAGAUGCAUAAGUUUGGACCAAGAGGAAGCAGGAUUUCCACAGAUAAAAGACAAACAGAAGGAACUGCCUCUCCGGGAGAAAGAGAAUCGGGAAGAUCCGGAAUCUCUACAGAUAAAGGAUGAACAUGGGGAGAUAGAAUCUGUACAGAUAAAGGAUGAACAUGAGGAGACAGAAUCUAGACAGAUAAAGGAUGAACACGACAAACUCUGCAUUAGUCUGGAGGAAGAGCUUGAAAUCAAACAGGAGAUGGAUACCUUUGUUAUAACUCCUUCUUACAAAAGAGAUAAUAGGGAACCAGAUCCAAGCAGCAACCGGCUUCAAGAGAACCAGUACGACGAAAGAAUUGAUCGUGAAAACUCUGAGUCAAAUGGAGAUAAAGAACUGAAACAAAAUAAGAGGUGUCAAAAAACUGGAGGUGGACGGGACAACUUGGACAACGAAAAAGUAAAAAAACAGAAGAAUAAAGACACAAAUGAGAAUCUGUGCUCCUGUAAUGUUUGUGAUAAAGUUUUAGCUCGAAGUUAUUUGUCUGAACACAUGAGAAUUCACACAGGUGAGAAGCUUUUCUUGUGCACAGUCUGUGGAAAAAGUUUUCGGCAACAGAAUCAUUUGACUGUACACAUGAGAACUCACACCGGGGAGAAGCCUUUCCCUUGUGUGAUUUGUGGGAAAAACUUUACCCUGCAAAUGGUCUUGACGAAACAUAUAAGGACUCACACAGGGGAGAAGCCGUUCUCCUGUCUAACUUGUGGAAAAAGUUUCAGGCAUAGUGGGACAUUAUCUCAGCACACGAGAAUCCACACAGGGGAGAAGCCUUUCCCAUGUUCAACCUGUGGAAAGCGUUUUAGUGACAAGAGAAAUUUAUCUCGACACAUCAGAACUCACACAGACGAGAGGCCUUUCUCGUGUCCGACUUGUGGAAAAAACUUUCGCCAAGGAGGUCAUUUGACUGUGCAUAUGAGAACUCAUGCAGUUAAAAAGUUGUACUUAUGUGAAAUCUGUGGUGCUUGUUUCACUCAGAGCGUUGACUUGACGGAUCACAUGAAAACUCACAAAGGUAAAAAGGUGUAAUCUUGUAGUAUUCUCAAACAGUGAUGAGAUUUGUGGACUGAUGUCUUCAAAGCAUCUGCAUGUUCAUGUUUGACCUUCAUUGCUGACGUGUCGACAUAUUUGAACAUAAUGGAUCAUGGCAAAAGUUAACUAACACACGGUUCUGUUAACUUUCUAGAUAUGAACAUUUAGCUCAGUCCAUUUGUACAAUCAUAUGUCUUGUUUAAAAGCAGUUGGGUCGCAAACCAACAAAGAUGAGCCCCUUUCCAUGUUGCCUCUGGUUAUUUUGUAAAACUCCAAAUCAUGCCAGAAAGUUUUUAAUUUUUUUUUAUCUGUCCAGUUGCACCAUUGUUUUGAAAGAUGCAACUGUAACCCUAGACAUAGCAAGUUAAAUGUUUUGCACACAUCUUUGUUGGCUGUGGAAUCUCAUACAAACAUUGCCGGUGUACUUUAUUUCUGACCAAACAAAAAAAAACACUUAUGCCUCUGUCAAAGAUGUGAUGGAGAAAUUUUAUGGAUAAACUCAUGCCGCGAUAUACCUUGAAAUCAGUAACUGCCCUUGCCUGUUCUCUUCUGCCCUCAGUAGGCUACUACUGUCUUAUUUUAUAAGGAUUUUUUUGGCUGUGCUGUCUUUUGACAGUACAUUUGUUGUGGUAGAGGGGCAAGGCAUACAGCAAAGGUCAACAGGCCAGGAAUUGAACCUAUGACAGCCAAGCUGAGGACUGAGACCUCCGUACGUGGGUAAAUGAUUCUGCCUUUGCUUGCUGUACUUUACGAAGUAAAUUGUUACAUAUAACAUGAAUUUGUAAAUAGUUUUUCUAUAACUGUUAUACAUUGCCCUGUCUUUAAAGAGACAGGGCAAUAUCAGUGACAGUGAAUUCCAUAAAGAAAUUCACUGUCUCCUGACUUUACCCUGUACAUAUUAUUUACAGUAUAUACAGUAUGUCUCAGGAUAAUGGAUAACAUAUGAUUUCAUUGUAGCAUUCGGUCUUUGAGUAAAGAGAUUAUUUCUCCGGCUUUCAGGCCAAAUCCACCUCUAAAUAAACACUUGCACAGACGGUCACACUGAAAUCAAAAGGAUGGUCUCAUUAAUCUGAUAACAAGAGGGAACAGAUUGUCUCCAAACCAUAAUGUGUGUAAAACUGUGACUGUGAAUUUACAAAAAGUAAAUAAAUAAAUAAAAAUCCUAAACUACGA